AUGACGACGUCGAUCAAAGAAUUCAACGACAUCUUAACCGCCGAAGUUUAUGUCGACCUCGAUAAAUUGCGCGAAUCGGCUCGACAUGGUGUCCCCUUGGACGUUCGUGGGGUAAAAAUCCAAUUGGAUGAUGAUUAUGCAUUAUCAAAUUCAUCAGAAGUAUGGAAGUACCUGCUUGGAGUAAACCCUGCUGACAGGUCACAGGAAUUGACUAGUCUCAAAGACAAAUACGAAGAGUACCUCACCAUAGAAAAAGAGAAUUCUGAUAUAAUAAAACGUGUACGAGGUGAAGUGAGCCGAUACCAGCGUAAGAUCAAAGAUGUUGAUGGCGCCAAUGCAACCAUCUUCGAAAAUGUGAUUGGCGCUUACAUGAAUAACAAUCGCGAUGUCGACUAUUAUCCGGCCCUUGUUCACCUGUGCGGACCCUUCGUGUACUGCAUAAAAAGUGAAUCGGAUGUUUAUCAUUGUUACACACGACUCAUGGCCACCUUAGACGAGUACAAUUCGACUCAUAACAUCAACGAACGUGUCGCGAACUUUAUGACCUUGUUCAGAUCAGUUAUUCCGGAUUUCUACUUUGAAGAUGAAGAAGUUGACAUCAAUGAAUGGGCAUCGUCUUGGUUGCAAUUUUUAUUGUCAAGGGAACUCCAACUCGAAGAUUUAAUGCGGCUCUGGGCUGUGUUGAAGCACACAAGGGAAAAUCUCGAAGAACUAGAGCACUCUGAGAUUAGGACUCUGCUGUUGAGAUUACCUGCAAUGGACAUGGAACAGAUCAUUAAUCAAGCUUUCAAUUUCAGACAUGAGAUAUUAGAAAGGCAGUACUCAGAUUUCGUUUAG